AGUGUUUAAAUUUCUUGUGAAAUAACGGAAAAAUCUAAAAAACGAAUGAGUCCUAAUAGACACGUAACCUUAUCUUUAAAACAAAAGAUGCAAAUCAUUAAGGAAAUCAAGUGUAAGGAAAAAACCAAACAGGAAGUGUGUGUCAAAUACAAAUGCUCAAUGUCUACGAUCAAUAGAAUUAUCCAAAAUGAAAAAAACAUUUUAGAAAACUCCAAAAUGCAUAACCUGUCAAGCAAGCGAAUUAGAAAUGGUGCAUGUUACGAUGUUGACCGAGCUGUUUCAAUUUGGUUUGAUCAAAUGAGAGCAUCGGGUGCAAUCAUUUCAGCAAAUAUGAUUUUGGAAAAAUCAAAACAGUUUGCUGUGACAUUGAACAAGGAUUUUAAUCCCACUACCGGCUGGCUGUGGCGCUGGCAGAAACGUGAGGGAAUAUCUUUGAAAAAAAUUCAUGGAGAAGCUGCAUCUGCCGAUUCGGAAAGUGCAAAUAAUUUCAUCAACACACUUUUCCCGAAUUUGAUUGAAGGUUACAAAUCAUCAGAUAUAUUUAACGCCGACGAGAGUGGUCUGUUUUUUAAAGCUUUACCGGUAUCAACCCUAAGCAGAAAAGAAAGUCAUAAUAAUGGAUUUAAAUCGUCAAAAGAUCGUUUAACUUUGCUUUUCAUAUGUAAUGCCACCGGUGAUUAUAAAAAAGUAAUUAUCAUAGGUAAACCGAAAAAUCCACGCUGUUUUAAAAAUAAAAUUGUGCCUCUUAAAUACUAUCCCCACCAAAAAGCGUGGAUGACGAGGGAAAUCUGGGAAAGUAUUCUAAUCUCUCUAGACGAGGAGAUGGCCAAACAAAACCGUAAGAUUAUUCUGUUCGUAGAUAAUGCUGCAUCUCACAAAACAAGAAAAAUUCUGAAAAACAUUAAUAUUCAGUAUCUACCGGCCAAUACUACCUCCUUGAUCCAACCAUUGGAUCAAGGGAUAAUACACUCUUUUAAAGCGUAUUAUAGGCAAAUUAUAAUACGAAAACAGAUUUCUGCUAUUGAAAGUGGAAAGACUAUUGGAGAAUUUGCGAAAUCUAUAAAUAUUUUUAAUGCAUUGCAUAUAAUUAAACAUGUUUGGUGGUUAGUCAGACCAUUGUCUAUAACAAGGUGUUUCCAAAAGGCUAAAUUCAUUUCCGAAUGUGACGCAGCACCAUCUGCAGAAAAUGAGCAGGACGAUAUCACUGAAACCAUCAGUGACUUAUCAGGGGAUGAAUUCGACAACUAUAAUACAUCCGUUGUGACGACAAUUUGGUGUGCUGUGGACAACUUACAGAUGAAGAGAUAG